GGGGAGGAGUCGGAAGCAGGGCCUGGAGAGGACCCUGGAUGAGAAGGGUCCCCGGGCUGGGGCAAGUACCAUAUCAUCAACAGUCGGGAGAUGAGGACCCCGGGGACAAGGAAGGGGCCUUAGGUGAUAACUGGAGGCUACACACCAGGAGGAGGCCCAGCUUGGUGAUGAAGAAUAGGACAGAGAGAAUUUACUUCCCAUUCAAAAGCUGUAGAAAUCUGAGACUUUCACUGAUCUUGUAAGGAUACCAGCUUUUUCACUUUGACAGAGAUGUUUAGCCUGGACUCAUUUAGGAAAGAUCGGACCCAGCACAGGCAGCGUCAGUGCAAGCUCCCCCCACCCCGCCUUCCUCCGAUGUGUGUCAACCCAGCCCCUGGAGGGACCAUCUCUCGGGCUUCUAGGGAUUUGUUGAAAGAAUUCCCACAGCCCAAAAAUCUUCUCAACAGUGUGAUCGGAAGAGCCCUUGGCAUCUCUCACGCAAAAGACAAACUGGUCUACGUCCACACAAAUGGGCCAAAGAAAAAGAAAGUCACACUGCACAUAAAGUGGCCGAAGAGCGUUGAGGUGGAAGGUUAUGGGAGUAAGAAGAUUGAUGCCGAGAGGCAGGCUGCAGCCGCUGCAUGCCAGCUUUUUAAGGGCUGGGGCCUUCUGGGACCCCGAAAUGAACUCUUUGAUGCAGCUAAAUACCGAGUGCUGGCUGACAGAUUUGGCUCUCCGGCUGACAGCUGGUGGCGGCCAGAACCUACUAUGCCACCCAACUCCUGGAGGCAGCUGAACCCUGAGAGCAUCCGGCCAAUGGGGCCCAGCAGUCUAUCCCGCUCUAUGGGCCGAGAGGAAGAGGAUGAGGAAGAAGAAGAGCUAGAGGAAGGGACAAUUGAUGUUACCGACUUCCUGUCUAUGGCCCAACAGGAGUCUCACACUCCACUCAGGGACACAAGAGGGGGCUCCUUUGAGAUGACAGACGACGACAGUGCUGUCCGAGCACUUACCCAGUUCCCGCUUCCCAAGAACCUUCUGGCCAAGGUGAUCCAGAUUGCAACCUCGUCCUCCACCGCCAAGAACCUCAUGCAAUUCCACACUGUGGGUACCAAGACAAAGCUCUCCACUCUUACCCUGCUCUGGCCAUGUCCCAUGACCUUUGUUGCCAAGGGGCGCCGCAAAGCAGAGGCGGAAAAUAAAGCAGCUGCCUUGGCUUGCAAGAAGUUGAAGAGCCUGGGCCUAGUGGAUAGGAACAAUGAACCACUGACUCACGCCAUGUACAACCUGGCCUCUCUGCGAGAGCUAGGCGAAACACAGCGUCGACCCUGCACCAUCCAGGUGCCAGAGCCUAUCCUGCGAAAGAUGGAGAACUACCUGAACCAUUACCCCGUGGAAAAUCCUUGGAUCUCCCCGGAGCCUAGGCUGCAGAAUGAGGAUCCCUUGCACUUAAGCAAGGACACAGGGCCCCUGAGUGACCCUAUCACAGGGAAGCCUUACAUUCCUCUGUCGGAGGGAGAGGAGCUACGGCUAAGCCAGGGGCUGUUGGAGUUGUGGCGGCGGCGUGGGCCUUCCUGGCAGGAGACUCACCAACUACCUGUGGAUCCACACCGGGACACCAUCCUGUCAGCGAUCGAACAGCACCCUGUGGUUGUGAUCUCAGGGGACACGGGCUGUGGCAAGACAACACGGAUACCACAGCUGCUGCUGGAACGUUACGUGACAGAGGGCCGAGGGGCCCGGUGCAAUGUGAUCAUCACUCAACCCCGCCGUAUCUCAGCUGUGUCUGUGGCCCAACGUGUUAGUCAUGAACUGGGACCCUCUCUGCGGCGGAAUGUGGGAUUCCAGGUGCGGCUGGAGAGUAAGCCCCCGGCCCGAGGUGGAGCCCUGCUCUUCUGCACUGUGGGCAUCCUCCUUCGGAAGUUGCAGAGCAACCCCAGUCUCGAGGGUGUGAGCCAUGUCAUCGUAGAUGAGGUACACGAACGAGACGUCAACACGGACUUUCUGCUCAUCCUGCUGAAGGGGCUGCAGCGGUUGAACCCAGCUCUGCGGCUUGUGUUAAUGAGUGCCACGGGUGACAAUGAGCGCUUUGCUCGAUACUUUGGUGGCUGCCCAGUCAUCAAGGUGCCUGGCUUCAUGUACCCAGUGAAGGAGCACUACCUGGAGGACAUCUUGGCCAAGUUGGGCAAGCACCAGCACCGGCACCGGCAUCACGAGUCUGAGGAUGAGUGCGCUCUGGAUUUGGACCUCAUGACUGAUCUGGUUUUGCAUAUUGAUGCCCGGGGAGACCCAGGUGGGAUUCUGUGUUUCCUGCCUGGCUGGCAGGAGAUCAAAGGAGUACAGCAACGCCUGCAGGAGGCCUUGGGCUCCUAUGAAAGCAAGUACCUGAUCUUGCCAGUGCACUCCAACAUCCCCAUGAUGGACCAGAAGGCAAUUUUCCAGCAGCCCCCGACAGGGGUGCGCAAGAUUGUCUUGGCCACCAACAUUGCUGAAACUUCCAUCACGGUCAACGACAUAGUACAUGUGGUGGACAGUGGCCUGCACAAGGAGGAGCGCUAUGACCUUAAGACCAAGGUGUCCUGCCUAGAAACAGUGUGGGUGUCAAGGGCAAAUGUGAUCCAGCGCCGAGGAAGGGCUGGGCGGUGCCAAUCAGGCUUCGCCUACCACCUGUUUCCUCGGAGUAGGCUGGAGAAGAUGGCACCUUUUCAGGUUCCCGAAAUUCUGCGCACCCCACUGGAGAACCUGGUGUUGCAAGCGAAGAUCCAUAUGCCUGAGAAGACGGCAGUCGAAUUCCUCUCCAAGGCUGUGGAUAGCCCUGACAUCAAGGCCGUAGAUGAGGCUGUGAUCCUGCUGCAGGAGAUCGGUGUGCUGGACCAGCGGGAAUUCCUGACUACGCUGGGUCAGCGCCUUGCUCAUAUCUCCACGGACCCGAGGCUUGCCAAGGCCAUUGUCCUGGCAGCCAUCUUCCGCUGCCUACAUCCUCUGCUAGUUGUUGUCUCCUGCCUCACCCGAGACCCCUUCAGCAGUAGCUUGCAGAACCGUGCUGAGGUGGACAAGGUGAAGGCACUAUUGAGCCAUGAUAGUGGGAGUGACCACCUGGCAUUUGUCCGGGCUGUGGCUGGCUGGGAGGAGGUGCUUCGUUGGCAGGAUCGUAGUUCUCGAGAGAACUAUCUGGAGGAGAACCUACUUUAUGCUCCCAGCCUGCGUUUUAUCCAUGGCCUCAUCAAGCAGUUCUCAGAGAACAUUUAUGAGGCCUUCCUGGUGGGAAAACCAUCAGACUGCACCCUGCCCUCAGCCCAGUGCAACCAGUACAGUGAAGAGGAGGAGCUGGUGAAAGGGGUGCUUAUGGCUGGACUUUACCCCAACCUCAUUCAGGUGAGGCAGGGCAAGGUGACCCGGCAGGGAAAGUUCAAGCCCAAUAGUGUCACCUACCGGACCAAAGCCGGCAAUAUCCUGCUGCAUAAGUCAACCAUUAACAGGGAGGCUACUCGGCUACGUAGCCGUUGGCUGACAUAUUUCAUGGCUGUUAAGUCCAAUGGCAGUGUCUUUGUGCGAGACUCGUCCCAGGUCCACCCCCUGGCUGUGCUGCUGCUGACCGAUGGAGACGUCCAUAUCAGAGAUGAUGGGCGCCGUGCCACCAUCUCCCUGAGUGACAGUGAUCUCCUACGGCUAGAGGGUGACUCGCACACUGUUCGGCUGCUACGGGAGCUUCGCCGGGCCCUAGGCCGAAUGGUGGAGCGGAGCCUCCGCUGUGAGUUGCCCGCCCUGCCGCCAGAUGUGCAGCAGGAGCACAGCCAGUUGCUGGCCUUGCUCGUGGAGCUGCUGCGUGGGCCUUGUGGUAGCUUCGAUGUUCGUAAAACCGCUGAUGACUGAGCCCCCUCCCCAUUCCCCGUCCCUGGGGCUGUGUACAGAGCGCAAAUGUUUAUUUAAAUAAAGUUCUAUUUAUCCCUUGUGAA